CUUGGCUUUCCAUAGAAUAUCUCAUCUGGCGGUCGUAAAAGCAGUCACACACUAUGAUGCUAAAUUUCAGACACUGGCCAAAUUUCGUCGGAAGCUGAAGAUCAUUGCAAAGGCUAUUAAUCGGCAGUCUGUGAACAUGUCACACUGAACGUUGGGAGAUUGCCAAUUUUGAACUGCGAAGAGAGAAAUCCUUUAGGAUUCCCGAAAUAUGUCUCCGACGUCAGAAUCGUGGCCAAAAUCGUACAGUGUGCACCUGCCUGCAGGUUUAUCAGUGUCGUUGCCAUGCACGGGACCAGUGCUUCAAACUCUCAAGUGCAGUUGAGAAAGUUGAUAGUACAGUGGCACUGAUGACAGCUUUCAGUCAAGGCAACACCCCUUAAAUGUUCGUGCAGCACGCAUUUAUUAACAUGAGUGUUUCAACAUGUGGUGAGGUGGACUGUCUGCGACUGAGACUCGUUUGAGACGCUGUUUACAUUUGUUGUCCCAUACCCAAACGCUUUCCCUCCAUCCCUAAUGUGAGUGUGUUAGCCAGUCUAAGCACUUUUAUUUGUAAAUCGUUGUCUUGGUCUCUAAAGUUAAUGAAGUGUAAAAAACAUUCACAUAUUUUCGAGUACAUGGCUUGGCAUUUAACCGGCGUAUUAAAUUACAGACAUAAAUUACCAGUGCGAGUAAUGUAUUGUCAGCUUACAAAACAGUGUAUAAUUUAUUUGUGUGUUUUGUUUCUAGAUCAGACAGUUAUUGCGUUCACUUCUCAUUCUCACCUCACCCCACUACUGAUCAUGCCCACUUGGAGUGCAUCUUUUAAAAAUGUGUUGAGAACUCAUCUGUGCUUAAACAGGGGGUGUUGUGACCCUUUAAAUAUGAAUCCGUUUCUCACCCACACUAAUCAUAUCAUUUCUGAAGGUUUGAAUUAAACCACUGGAGUCUUAUGAAUUACUGUUGUGUUGCCUUUAUGUGAUUUUUGGAGCUUCCAAUGGCCUGGCCACCAUUCACUUGCAUUGUGAGGAACUACAGAGCUUAGAUAUCCUUCUAAAAGUCGUAAUAUGUGUUCAGCAGAAGAAAGAAAGUCUUACACAUCUGGGAUGGCAUGAGGGGUACCAUGUAUAUGUUGAAGAUCUCUGCCUUCCUUGUCGCUUAUGCUGUAGUCGUGUGCCAGAUGUGCAAAUCAAAUGCUGCCCCAGCGAGAGCUGGUUCCGAAUCUCUGACAGACAGACUCAUGCUCAUGGAUUAUGAAACUCAGCGAUUAUUGAGCGCUAUAGUCAAAAAUGUAGUGCAGAUGACAGCAGAGGAACUGGAACCAACAAAUGAUGAAAACAGCAUUACGGCACAGAAGCGAGCGUGUAAUACGGCCACCUGUGUCACUCACCGUCUGGCAGACUUCCUGAGCCGCUCCGGUGGAAUCGGCAACAACAACUUCAUCCCGACCAACGUGGGCGCUAAAGCAUUCGGCCGUCGCAGGAGAAAACCUCAGAUGUGAGCAGUCAUGCAGCACUGAAUCUGAGGCCAAAACCUGUAUCACUUUCAGUCUGAGACAAUGGGAUAACCAGAAAAACAGAUAUCACUUUUCCAGUUAAUAACAAUAUCCUCAGCAAUGAUGAUUUUCAUGACAUUUGUUUUUUUACACUCAACAGAGAAUUCUAAAAAUGCACUUCUGCACUUAUGUUAUGUAUCCCAUAUGUAUUGACAGAGAAAUAUAUAGAUUUUUAUAUGAAAAAAAAUCAGAUUAAUAAAGACAUCAGUGUUUAUUCUCCAUCUCUGUGGGGUCAAAAUAAAUCCAGCCUUAGAAAGACAACUGCUUUGUACCGUGCCUUGAUGUAAAAAACUUUUGUGUCAUUUAUGCUUAAAGAAA